CUAGGUUGAUGACAGAUGCCAAUUUUCCAAGAGUGAAGUCCUAUACUAUUCCUAGCCUAGGCGUCAAGGGCAGCUCUCAAGUACACCAUAAGCAACGCAAGUCCCCUAACACAGGUAGCUAUACGUACAUCACGUACAUCAUCCAUCUUACAUUUCUCUCCUCCCAUAUCUAUCCUCCUCCUCAUCUCCCACCACAUCCUCAACCCCCUCCGCCCUUCUCUGCAAAGCGUCAACUACCGGCAAAAAUGUCCGCCUUCAGCCCCAACAACCACAGCCACUACCUCCGCCUGGCCCUCCUCUCGGCCCAAAAAUCCCCUCCCAAACCCACAAACUUCCGCGUCGGAGCCCUCCUCCUCGCCCCACCAGACCUCACACCUUUAAUCACCGGCUACACCCUCGAAAUGCCAGGAAACACUCACGCCGAACAAUCCUGCUUCAUCAAGCUCGCCGAAAAGUAUUCUUGCACUGAAGAAGAUCUCGGCGAACAUCUACCGGACGGCGUAAUAUUAUACACGACAAUGGAGCCUUGUAAUAAGAGGAGUGUAGGGAAUAAGAGUUGUGUGGAUAGGAUCUUGGAUUUGAGGAAGAAGGAUGGGAGUCAGGCGAUUCAGAAGGUGGUUUGUGGGGUAGGGGAGCCGGAGACGUUUGUGGGGGUAAACGAGGGGAGGAACAAGUUGGAGCUGGUGGGGAUAGAGGUUUUGUAUGUGAAGGGGUUGGAAGAGGAGAUUUUAGAGGUUGCUACGGCGGGGCAUGAGAAGAAGGAGGAUGAUGCAGGGACGUGAGGUUGUUAUGUUGGCUACUGUGUUGCAAGGACAGUUGAGCGAUGAUGCAUCGCGGUUGGAGGCCGUUGUGUCCGGCCAAUCGCAUCGCUUGAAGGAACGAAGUCGCCUCCGAAGUCUUUGGGAGAGCGGCUGGCUCGCAGCCACAGCAAGGAAUAAGAAAGGCCAAGCUCGCGAGAAGAG